AUGUGGAAAAUGAAACAACAAUCGAAGAUGUUAAGUCGAAUAAUGUUAACAGUAGUGAUCUUUGCCAGUUGGUUCCUAGCUGCUAAGGCCACACCAACUGAACGCGGUACAGCACCGAAUCUUAACGAUUUCCAGUUACGACCAGCUACUAAUCAAGCUGAAUUGCUGGAUCGAGUUAUAAAGCUCGAUACGAAGUUACCAAAACUUGGCGUUAAGAACAUCCUUGAACAGGCUAAUCGUCAUGGCGAACCAAGCACUUCGCUUGAAACAUGUAACUCUGAUGCUACUGCUAGACGAACUUUGAGUAGUGCCAGCUAUUGUUUCAAUGCGUCUGACAGUGGAAAAAUUGGUGGUGAAGUAGAAUGGAUGCCACAAGGUGUUACUACAGUAGGUGAUGCUAAAACAGAUCAAUACUGGAAUACCAAACAGCCGAUACUUAUUAGUUGGUACGAUAAAAAACCUAAAACACCAACAAAUACAGAUGCUGAUAAGAUAAAAGGUGCUCGAGUGACUUUCUUUGAUCCAGAGACAGCCAAAUAUCAACAUGUUUUAUUGGUCUAUCCAUUUAUUAAUAGUUUUGGUAACGUAAGCUACAUGAGUUUACGAACUACGCAGAAAGAAGGAUAUGACUCAUUGCAUGCUGGCGGCAUUGCUUGGUAUGGUAAUUAUCUUUACGUUGCAGAUACUGCACGUGGUUUUCGAGUCUUCGAUAUGCGCUAUAUUUUUGAUUUGAAAGAAGCAAAAAAUGGUGAUAUUACCGACAAGAAUCAAAUCGGUUAUCAUAAUGGCAAAUAUUAUGGGCAUGGUUAUCGCUAUGUGAUGCCAGAAAUAGCUGCAUGGAGCAGCGUCGUCAAUAGGGAUUCAACGAAAACUUGUACACUUAAUGCUGGUUCACCUACAUUUUCGUUCACAGGAGUUGAUCGCAGUGGCUUUCCUCAUUUGACUACAGGUGAAUUCUGUGCAGAUAAAAUUGCUGCAGGUGAUAUUAAUAAGUCUGGGCGUGUAGCUCGCUGGCCUUUGGAUGGUAACACUGGCCAACCGAAGUUAAUCAAUGGCCUUUGGAAAGCUGAUGCAGCCUAUCGACUACCAAUAUCAAAUAUUCAAGGUGGAGUUUCGUAUAAUAAUACAUGGUAUUUGAGUAGAAGUCAAGGUGCAUCGAAUGGUUUUUUGUACGUAACCAAACCUAUAACUUCUACAACCGGAAUAUUAGAAAUCGAUACUGCUCACUAUGCCGCAGUUGGUCCAGAGGACUUGUCACAUUGGCCCAAAGCAGAUGGUAGUCCAGGUGGUUUAUGGACCGUAUCUGAACAUCCUGGUAAACGUCUGCUGAGUACAAUUGAACAAGAACGAUUAUCACCAUUAGCAUUAAUAAAUAUAGAAAAAGAUCAUCAAAUCGAUAUUGAUACCAUUGUAACCGAUUUCAUAUAA